AGAACGACCGUGUCGAAAUCAUACCUGACGAACAGGGCAACCGGACCACCCCCUCUUACGUUGCUUUCACCAAUUACGAGCGCUUGAUCGGCGAUGCCGCCAAGAAGCAGAACGCCAGGAACCCCCUUAACACCGUCUUCGAUGCAAAGCGUUUGAUUGGAAGGAGAUAUUCUGAUGCUUUCGUUCAGAGUGACAUGAAGCUAUGGCCAUUCAAGGUCAUUUCUGGUCCUGGCGACAAGCCCAUGAUUGUUGUUAACUACAAGAACCAAGAGAAGUAGUUCACUGCCGAGGAGAUUUCCUCCAUGGUCCUCAUGAAGAUGCGUAAGAUCGCUGAGGCUUACCUCGGUUACACCCUGAAGAAUGUUGUUGUCACUGUUCCAGCAUACUUUAAUGACUCUCAACGCCAAGCCACAAAGGACGCCGGUGUCAUUGCUGGCCUUAACAUCAUGCGUAUCAUCAACGAACCCACCGCUGCUGCCAUAGCCUAUGGCAUUGACAAGAAGGCACGUGUUGAUGAGGAGACAACCGUGUUGGUUUUUGACCUUGGUGGUGGUACUUUUGAUGUCUCUCUGCUCACCAUUGAAGAGGGUGUUUUUCUAGUUGUGGCCACUGCCGGAGACACCCAUCUUGGAGGCGAAGAUUUUGAUAACAGAAUGGUUAACCAUUUUGUUCAAGAGUUCAAGCGAGAGCACAAGAAGGACAUUAAUGGGAAUCCGAGGGCUCUAAGGAGGUUGAGAACCGCUUGUGAAAGGGCAAAAAGAACUCUCUCAUCCACCACAUGGACCACCAUUGAGAUUGACUCUUUGUAUGAAGGUGUUGACUUGUACACCACAAUCACCCGUGACAAGUUUGAGGAGCUCAACAUGGACCUCUUUAUGAAGUGCAUGAUGCUUGUUGAGGGAUGUUUGAGGGACGCUAAGAUGGACAAGAUUAGUGUUAAUGAUGUUGUUCUUGUUGGUGGGUCUACUAGGAUUCCCAAGGUGCAAUCAUUGUUGCAAGAUUUCUUCAACGGGAAAAAGCUUUGCAAUAGCAUCAACCCUGAUGAGGCUGUCGCUUAUGGAGCUGCUUUUGAUGCUGCUAUCUUGAGUAAUAAUGAAACGAUGACAUUUCAGGAUUUCUUGUUGGUGGAUGUCACUCCUCUAUCACUUGGUUUGGAAACCGCUGGUGGUGUCAUGACUGUCCUCAUUCCAAGGAACACUCAAAUCUCGACCAAGAAGCAGAGCAUUUUCACAACCUACUCAGACAACCAGUCUAGUGUGUUAGUCCAGGUUUACGAGGGUGAGGGAUCAACGACCAAGGACAACAACUUGUUGGGUAAAUUCGUGCUUUCUGGCAUUACUCCUGCUCCAAAGGGUGAUCCUCAGAUCAUUGUUUGCUUUGACAUUGAUAACAAUGGCAUCUUGAAUGUCUCCGCUGAGGAAAAGUAUACCGGGAAGAUGAGCAAGAUCACCAUUAAAAAUGACAAGGGAAGACUCUCGAAGGAAGAGAUUGAGAAGAUGGUGCAAGAGGCCGAGAAGUGCAAGGUCGAGGAUGAGGAGAACAAUAAGAAGGUCGAUGCCAUGAAUGCCAACAAUUCUUCAAAAGAUGCUCAAGAUCAACACUUGGAGGCAUACGUAGAACAUGAUACUUUCAAUCAGAUUUCAGUACCAACCCCAGGUUUACACUCCUUUCCUUCAGGAAACUCUGGGUAUUAUUUCAACUCUACGAAAAAGGCUUCACAAAAAAUUAUAGAGGCACUAAAAGAUGAUAAUUUAUAUGUAAUUGGAUUUCAUGGAAAGAGGGGCUCUGGCAAAACAACAUUAGUGAAAGCUGAGAUGCCUAAGUAUGAAAAGAUUUUUCGUAGAGUUAUAUUUCCCAAUGUGUCCAAUAACCAAGAUAUCAAGAGCAUUCAAGAAGGAAUUGCUACCUCGUUAAAUGUGCAUUUUGAAAGAGAUGAUAGUGAUGGCAUAAGAGCAAUGAAAAUAAAUUUAGGGUUGGUAAGGAAUGAUGGAACUACUCUCCUUAUCUUGGAUGAUUUUCCAACAAAUUCUAAACCACAAGAAUUAGGUAUUCCUUAUAAUAGCAAACAAUGUAAGGUUCUUUUGACCACACGUGACGAGAUAGACUGCAUCUUUAUGGGAUGUGACCAGUCGAUUCCUCUAGAGCCCUUAUCUGGUGAUGAAGCUUUGAUCUUGCUACAAAAACUUUCAGGUGUUAACUCUCAGUCUGAUCUAUUCUAUAUGGCACAAGAAAUUGCUUUUACAUGCAUUGGAUUACCUGGUCUAAUUAAAGAUGUGGCGUCUUCCUUACAAAAGAAGUCCAUUGAGAAGUGGGAAGAGUCAUUAGUUAGUCUAAGCCACUCAACGGCUCGCUACCAAAUAUUUAUCAGUUUUAGAGGAAAUGACACUAGAGAGAUUUUCACAAAGCAUCUUUAUGAUGCUUUGUGUACGGAGGGAUUCCAAACCUUUAAAGAUGAUCAAUCAUUGGAGGAUGGAGCUCCAAUUGAGGAACUUCUUGGAGCCAUUGAAGAAUCAAGAGUUGCAAUUGUUGUUUUGUCUGAAAACUUUGCAGACUCUAAAUGGUGUCUUAAAGAGCUUGUCAAGAUUCUUGACUGCCGCAAAAAGAAGAAACAAUUGGUUUUGCCAAUUUUUUAUAAAGUGGAACCAACAAACAUAAGGCAUCUAAAAGGGAGGUAUGGUGAAGCUAUGGCCGAACAUGAAAAAAAAUUAGGAAAAGAUUCUCAAACAGUACGAGAAUGGACACAAGCUUUGAGUGACAUUUCCUACUUAAAAGGGGAGCCAUACAAAGGAUUUUUAUCCCAUCGGGUUUUUUCUAUGAAGGUUUUAACGAGGCACAUUCUCGAGUUUUGUCCCUCCAAGGACCAGAGAUCAAUUUAUUGAGAAGAUCAAAAGCAUUGUCCGCAGUAACAGACAUCGCUUGCAUAUACAAAAUAUGUAUAUGAACUAGAUGAAAGAUUUUCGGUCUUGUUCUCACAGCGAGUGCAUCACAAGAUAGAGCUGCUUGUUGCAAAUGGGCUAGAAAUGGAUUUUUGGCUGUAAGCAACUUAGAAUAUACUUGUUACGUAUUUGUUUGAUUUAAUAAUUGUAUUUUAGUUCGUGGUUUGGCGGAGGAGCUUAGAGAGAAUUGGCCUGUUGGCUUGUAUGUGUUUGGUGCGGGGCUCUUGCGUUUUGUUUUGAUUUUGGGACUCUUGUGGGUGCUUGGAGGAGGGGUAGGGUUUGGCUUGAUCUUGUCUUAUUUUAUCUCUGUUGGGUUUUCAUUGCUCUUUUGGGUUGGUUUUACGGCUUUCUUUUUCUUUACUCCCUUUGUGUAUUGUACUUUUCUAUUGAAUUUAAAUAAAGGGAAUUGUUAUUCAGA